ACUAACAGAUAAUGUAAAGGUGAACAACCCCUUUAACUAACCAUCAAGCUAGGCUUUUUAUUUCUUUAGUAAUGCUGCUUAUGGUUCUAUUAGAAAAAUUAAACUUUUUUUUAACUGAUAGAAUAAGCAAGCAACAUGAUCACUAGAAAGAUCUGCCAAAUAAUAAGUACAACAGGAUAGAAUGGCAGCAACACUAGGCUGGUGCUAAAAUAAUUACACAAAUACAGGCUGGAAAGAGAGGCUUCCAGUGCCAAUGUUAUAAUACCUGACUCUUGCUCAGUCUGGAGUUGCAGGGUUAAACGCUUCUGCUCCUUUCCCCCUCCCUCCUUCUCUCCACGCCCACAUCAGCCUGUCAGCAGCAGCAGUACCGGAAGAGCAGGGGAGUGUACUUGCCGCACGCACGGAGCUUAGUGAGUGACAAUUCAGCAGCGUGAGCAGCAGCAGGUCUUAGCGGCUUUGAAUCUUCAGCUGCACCGUGACCUUCGGCGCUGUUAAGGGGGGCCCGGCUAAUUUGAAAAGUGUAACACAGCCGAGCCGGGCCCCCCUUCAGGCCCGGGCCCGGUACAGCUGUACCCCCAGUGCCCCCCUGAUGGCGGCCCUGCCUGUACCUUAGGCAGAGAGGUCAGGUGAUCACGAGCUAUAAAAAGCCUCUUCUGUAAUAGGAUUGGCUGCCAGACCAAAUGGCACUUUAACCAUUGUUUGCCUGGAAGACAGCUCCUAACAUCCAUACACGUAAUAUCUAAACUCCAGAAGAAAGAUCAGUGAUGUACCAGCAUUGUUUAUAUGGCAUUUCUUGGCAUUUUUUUUAAAUGACUGUUCCAAACCCUAAACUAAGGUCUGUAUGCACCCUUUGUUUUUCAUUAUAUAGUGAUUACAAUAAAAAAAUAAACGGCAUUAUAGUAGCAGCACAGGAGGCAAAGAGGGCCUACUGGUGCUAGGGCCCACUGGGAUUUUUCCUGGUUUCCCAGCAGGCCAGUCCAACCCUGCCUUUAUAUUAAAAUACAAAUUCCCUCCCUCUAAAUUCUCACCUCUAAUAUUCCCUUUCUACUGCAAAAGCAUCCCACCUUACUACUUCAACUGGCCUAAGGAACCUAUUUAUCAUGCUGUAUAAAAGGAAUAUUGCCAAAAAAGUGGUGUAAAAUAAACCGUGAAUUCAUUUAUCAAUGUUUUUAGAUUUGAUGCAGUUAUUCUACAGCGCUUCAGACCUCUCAUAAUCAAUUGCAGUCAAUGGGGAAAAUUUAUGCAGCAAGUAAGUUUCAGCAAAAGUUGCUCUAAGAAAACUAGUGUAAAAAGCCAUGAUAGAUGAAUGACAUAUUUUACCAUAGAAUUUUCAAGUUGCUGUUUACAGUUAGAUUAGUUUUCAUAUGUAAGUGGUUGCUGAAAAUCGCUGGAAAGCUUGGUAAGUAUGCCACUGGGUUUUUUUUACAAGGCGAUGCCUUGCCUUAUUUUACACAACAUAAUAAAUAAUAAAUAAAUGGUCUCUUUUACCAGCAGAGGGUCUUUCCAGCCCUUAACCUUGUAGUUCAUCUACUGUAGACCCAGUUGUUUUGGAGCCUAAGCCUAUUUAUACAUGAUCUGUUUUUACUUCUUGCAUUUCUCUUUUUAAAUGUUAUACUUUCUUGAUCCUGCUCUUCAUCGCCUUUAUCAUUACUCCCUGAUUUAACUUACAAAUGAAAGUUCAAUUGACCUUACCUCUAAUCAUCUGAGUCUCUUACAAAGGUAUACUGUGCCACUAAACCAAGUUUAUACAUUACUUGGAACACUGGGACUAUGCAUCAGCUCAGUUUUAGAUGAAGAGUAGACACAAGCUUUGGGAAUAUGAUGCCAAUAAAUACCUAAACAAAACCCGAUCUAAAAGUUUCCCAUUUGCAUUCCCUCUGGGUUUAUUCUGCAAAAUAACCACCACAGCUUUAUUUUAGAUUUGUAAUAAUACAAGUAUCAAAUAGCUCAUGCAUGGUAAAAGCUUCUUACAAAGCUAAAGGACAAAUUCCCAAAAACAUGCCACCGUCUAAUUAUCAUAGUGUUACAACAUAUCUGUGUCUUCCUGUCUUUAGUAAAACCUGUAGCAUCAGCACAUGAGAAAAACUCAUUUUACAACAGAACAAAAAUACAAAAUAAAAUUCUAUUUCUCGCUGACAUUAACUACCCUCUGUACUAUGGAAUUAAGACUCCUAGCUCCAGUCUUAAAUUUUUUACUGCCCCCUCUAAGCAGGAAAAAAAAUGUAAAAUCCACCCAGUCACUUUAAAUGGAAAAUAUGCCCCUAUCUCCUUUAAGUGUUAUGCUCACAGUGUAAUGCAACCCUUCCCCCAGAGUGUUACAUUGUAAAGUUAAGAAUUCUGAAACUUUUGCAUCUACAAUGAAUGGUGCACAGAUUAUCUGGAAAACACAGGGACCUCAAAUCCCAAAAAUACAUAACUUCACAAUGGAACAAGGUACAGUAAAUGAAGGGUUACAAUAAACUGUGAGCCCAAGGGGUACUAUGAAAUGUUUUUAGUGACCUGGCUUCCUGUCUAAAAAAAAUAUAUUCAGUACUGAUAUUCUUUAUGCACUUUCUAUAAAUAAGCCCACAUGAGCAAGCUCAAGUCAAAAGGGAAAGAUCAUUUUCUUUUAUGCAUUUUUUUCUUUAGUUGCACAGGGGGAAUUAUUUUUAGACCUGAUUCUUUAAUCAUCAAUUAAACAUGUAUGACAGUAACCUAAAAUCUAAAUUAGUAAGCAGACCAAGACAAAAGUCUUUGUUAUUAUUAUUUUUUUUUUAUAAAUUAGUGGAACUAGUUAGUAUAUCCACAACCUAUAUAAACUUUUAUGAAUAAUAGGGUUGCAUCUCUGGCAAAUAUUUAUACCACACUGACCACCUGCAAUACAAUACAACUCAACUCAACUGGAAAGGGUGGGUGCUAUUGAUGGGCCAAUUUAUUUGGCAGGCACGAAUUCGCCAGCAAAAAUUCACUAAUUCACAAAAAUUCAAAAGGAAUUUUUCACCCUUUCGCGAAUUUCGCAGGAAAUUCACAAAUUUUUUGGCGAACCAAAACGCCCCAAAUACGCCCAUCACUAGUGGGUGCAAAUUUGUUAGGCACAUCCCCCAUAUAUGAAAGUAACCUAAACUUUUUGUAACCUUUUUGUGGAAAAAGAAAUAGUUAGGGCAUCCACAAGGCAUGAACCUUUAUAAAUAGGGUUGCAUCAUUAUACCACCAUGCUCACUUAGAUGUCAAUUAAACUAGGAAGGAUGGGUACAUAUUUGGCACUUCUAAUCAACACAAUCACCUGCUCUAUCAUGUUCUCCACAGAUGGUCGAGGUAAGUAAAUCUGUCUCCUACUGUCAGUUUUUAGUCCUGUUUGGGGACUGUGGAAAGGUAUAUAGAGUAUAUACAAAUUUCUUAAGCAUAUAUUUCAUUUUCAUGCAUGAUAGUGCAUUUUAGUUUAAAAAAUCGGGGCAAAACAUGGCUAAAUCCUAGCAGAUUAACAGAUGGCAUUUAACAGUUAAAAAUUUUGGCUUGAAAAAGAAAAGUGUCUGCUACACAUUAUAUCAGUGUGCAUGCUUGCAAUAAUGCAAGAAUGUAUCAAGAGGAAGCAGCUGCAAAGCACUCAACAAAGACUAGAAAUAACACGAUCCAAUAGUUUCCAUUCAGAAACCAUCAGCAUUUCCUGACAGUUCCAGCCAACCUUUUUUUCCUGCACUGAGAGAAUGCCUGUAGCUUGUGUUUUGUGCAAAGCUGACAGAAGACGGACUAGCAGCAGAAGUCAACUGCUCUCCUGCUCUGAGCAACAAUCUGCCUUCUAAACGGACAGCGACGUGGUGCUGAAAAGAGCUGAAGCCUCCUUUACGUGUCUUUCUUCUCUGUAGCUAUAUAGACAUAAACUGCAGCGGGCUGUAACUUCAGCUUUUUGAUGAUUUUUAUCUAUAGUUAUGAUUAUUUUCUUAUCUACAUUUGGAAUGUAAGGUCUAAAUAGCAGAUUUACCCUCCCACAGCAAGGUUCUAUUUCAGACGGUAAUUAAAACAGGAAGAUUGCUCUUUAAAUUGGAAAGUGAUUGCAGGUGUUGGUUUGGCCUGGAAAAGUCUGAUGAGAUACAUACGAUUUAGUCUGGGGAAUAUUAAAAGAAAAGUGAUCAGUUGUCCACAAAAUGGCUCCUGUCUGCUUGCUGUGACUGUGAAUUCCAAGACUGAAGGAAACAAGAAUUAAAUAAAGUAAUAAUGGAAAAGUCUUACACAGCAAUGAAUGAAGUCCAGGUUGCUUGGCCAAAUGGUACAUGUGACCUGUUUAAUAAAUCAUGGAGCAUCAUAGAUGAUUAUCAUAUAACAGACACUGCAGAAACUGUUAUUCUCCCUUCUUUCAUUGGAAUUAUCUGUUCAACUGGAUUAGUUGGGAAUAUCCUUGUUCUUAUCACCAUAAUAAGGUCUAGAAGGAAAACAAUUCCAGACAUCUACAUUUGCAAUCUGGCAGUAGCAGAUUUGGUUCAUAUUAUUGGAAUGCCAUUUCUUAUUCAUCAGUGGGCUCGCGGUGGAGAAUGGGUAUUUGGAAGCCCUCUUUGUACUAUCAUAACUUCUCUGGACACCUGCAAUCAGUUUGCAUGCACUGCCAUUAUGACAGCAAUGAGUUUGGACAGAUACAUGGCCCUUGUGCAGCCUUUUCGGCUUACCAGCUUGAGGACUAUAUCAAAGACUAUUCGAGUGAAUGUUUUCCUCUGGGCAGCCUCUUUUGUUGUGGUGUUUCCAGUAUGGGUUUACUCCAAAGUUAUACAGUUCAAAGAUGGAUUAGAAAGCUGCGCAUUUGAUCUAACAACACCGAAUGAUGUUCUCUGGUAUACUCUUUACUUGACCAUCACAACAUUCUUCUUUCCAUUGCCACUUAUUUUAGCAUGUUAUAUUUUAAUUCUUUGCUACACAUGGGAGAUGUACCAUCAAAACAAAUCUGCAGGACGAUACAACAACAGCAUUCCGAGACAGAGAGUCCUGCGCCUUACCAAAAUGGUACUUGUUUUGGUGGGAGUUUAUAUUGUCAGUUCUGCACCAUACCAUGUGAUACAGAUUGUAAAUCUUCACAUUUCUCAGCCAUCACUAACUUUCUAUGUCAGCUAUUACUGCUCUAUUUGCCUCAGCUAUGCCAGCAGUGGUAUCAAUCCUUUCCUCUAUGUUCUUCUUAGUGGAAACUUCCGCAAAAGACUCUCUGACUGCACCAAAGCUAAAAGCAGGAUGUCAGAACGGGAGCUCAAUUAUAUUGAUACUUUGAAAUCCAGCUUUUAAUGUUUCACUUUCUGUUUUGUUAAUGUCAAUUACACAACAGGCUGUUUAUAAAUCUGUGUUAGCAACAAGUAUAAACAGGGUCAGACUGGGAAGGGAGAAAACCUGGUGGGCUCCAACCCUCAUGGGCCCUGCCAACCCAGAACCCCUGCCUUCCUCUGAACCUGCAGCCAGGUCUGUGGGUCCCCUCCCCUCCAGCUGAGUGCCACGAGCCCAGUGGGAGGGAGAGGAGGUACACGAUGGAGCACUCAUGGGGGUGGGCGUACGUUCAUAAAGGGGGUGUGGGUUGUGGGCUCUUAAAAUGACAACCCCCGUUCCCCAGUCCGACACUGAAUGUAGAUAGCAAUGUGUAUGUUAUGUGAAAUUAAGAGUAAAAUGUCCAGGAAUGGAGAAUUGUUUGUGCAAUAAUGCAAGUGUAACCUUUGGUGCUUUGAGUAGCCCAGUUUGGUGCCAAGUAACUGAAACUGCCCGUACUGAAUUGUAUAUGAACUGCCUUUGGACAAACUUGCCAGAUGAGGGUUUGCCAAAGUUGACUGCUGUGUUUCGAGGGAAACUAUUGCCUAAUAAAACAUACGUUUUUGCAGACGAUUCAUAUGCAAGCUUUUGAGACAGUGUGAAGUACUUGCACUGCAUUUUGGAGCUACUUCAAGUAGAACACAGUGAAAGAAUGAUUGAUGGGUUUGUGGAUAAUUAAUAAUGGCCUGAAUUAAGGAUAGCUAUUUUAAAAAUUGUUUCUGGUCUGGCAUAAAAUUAAUAUACAGUAAUAUUUUGCAUAGAUAAAUAUUAAAAUAGUUUGAUUCCUCCCCUUCUCUGCCUAUCUCUAGCAGAAAAUUCUGUGCUGCAUAAAGUUUAUUGUUCAUUUCAGUAGAAAAAGGGGCAAUGCUGUGUGCCUGAUGUUUCAGAUAGACCUUAUCCAUUUUUAUGUUAAUAUGUUUCCUAUUAGAACCAUCUUAUCUGGGAGACAAAACCUGUUAGAUCUCAGUGGGUCUUGGCCUAUGCCUAGUCACUAUGGUCUAUAUUCAGAUGUUGAAAUAAUUUUGUUUUCAGCAAACAGCAGUAAUAAUGUCUUUUGCUUUUAAGAUUGUGAAAUGAAAAUUAGCAGUAGAUAACUAAUUUCUUACAAAAUCUUUACAAAUAUUAUAACCACAUCCACAGUACUGAAACUAUUACUAUAUUAUUAUGUAUAAUAUUUUGUCAUAUUUACAUGAUUUAUAUAGACUGUACUUAUAUGAUAAUGUGUUCAACAAUGACUGAAAAAAGAUGAUUUCAUCCAGUAUUAUAUACAGGUGCCAACUAAAGAGAGAUUGAUCUAUUUUCGUUUUUAAAACUGCCUUAUUUACCCUGUAUGUCAAAAUACUUUACUGUGAUUGGUUAUCAGCAUGCCAUAGGAUUUUCAAGGAGAAUGAACGAGGCUCACCUCACGCAUUUGAUGUGGCAAUUGCAAUCAUGCACACAGUUGCCAAAGAUCUAUAUAUCAGCAUAUUUUAUGAAACACAAUAAACAAAUUGGAUAAUAAAUACUGUAUAUGAGAAAGGAGUAUAUUACUUUAUUAAGUUGAAAGUGAAUGUCUCAGUGCAGACUUUAUUAUAUUUGGAGACAACAUUGUCUUCACUUGCACAAUACACAUCAGUUUAGCUGACUAAAUGUAUAGAUUAGUAAAUAAACGGGAAUAUCAUAUUUCUCCAUUUUCACUCCAUGAAGAAAGCAAACAUUUUACAUAUAUCUGCCAGAAAGAAAUCUAAUUAUCAUAGCAGGAAAAUGGCAAGAGAAUUAGUAACAAAAUGUAGGGAUCUAAAAACAGAAAUUCUGUAAUCAAAUAACAAUUUGUGAGACAGCUCAUGAACGAGAAAAAGCAUACUGGUAAGGCAAUAUCUUGCCAGCUAAUUAGGCAAGAUAAUGAAUCUGUAGGUAUGUAGAGUGAAUUGCCCACUGAGUAGAGGAACAGAUAACUGGGACACAGAUCCUAAAAUUAUUUCAGAUUUGCUAAGAACACUAAAAUUCAAAAUCUGUUCCUGGGCAUUAUGGAUGGCUGUAUGGAUCCAAGUUUAUUUUUUGCCUAUUUAUUUUUUUCCUUUUAUGUCACCCAGACAUAAAAGGCUGCAUAAUAAAAGUCCUUUUCAAAUUAAGCAUAAAACCCCAAUGUUUUUAUUAAAACAUCCAUAACUGUUUUAAGCUUGCUUAAAAGUCUCAGCUUUCAAUCAUAUAUUGCCUGCCCAUCCUCUAUGUCUUGUCACUGCACUCCUCACAUUCCCUACUCUCUACUCAUCAUCUAAUUUAUGUAAUAAAAAGCAGGAAGUUUGC